CUAAUUCAUCAGUUCUGGUUGUUGAAGGCAAUGCUUCUGAAGAAAAAACUGUUGAGUGCUCAAAAAAGGCAUGUGAGAACUGGAUGUCAGACAAAUGUGAUAAAGAAGAUGGGUGCCAGUUCUUGCAUUCAUGGUUUUAUGGGGAUUGGUUUUCGACAUUGGCAAAGCUCAAGGGGCACAUACAGGCUGUCUCUGGGAUUGCUCUUCCAUCAAGAUCUGACAAGCUUUUCUCGAGUAGUAGUGAUGGAACAGUACAUGUUUGGGAUUGCAAUACUGGUCAAUCAACAAGAGUGAUAAAUGUUGGUGUCAAAAUUGGGGCUUUAAUCGUGAAGGCCCCGGAUAUUUGUAGGCUUGCCAAAUAUUGUUAA